CUGCUGCUGGGGAAGGUGUGAACAAGAAGGAGGAGGAGGAGAAAGAAGAUACUCCGUUCGACGAAGGCUACACUGCUGACGCUGUCAAUCCCAGCAAUGAGAAUGCACCAAGCGAGCCUUCUUCACAUCUGCUCCAAGCCAAGAAUCAAUCCAGCCGUCAGAGCCGAUACGAUAAGAUCUUUCAAAAAAUUCGGCCCAAAUCCAAGAAAUCUAUCCAAGAUGAUGAAAUUGAUACUAUUUGGCAAGCAGAUACGUCAAAGACAAAGAACGCAGAUCCCGGAAUGGGCGAGGAAGAACGGCAACGUCGAUACGAUGCCCUAUUCCAGAAGCAAAGUACCAGCGAACCAGCUAGAAUGGAUGUCAAGUCCUCGGAGAUCAAGUUUGAACAACUCCGUGCGGCCAAGCAGGCAGAACUCCAGGCCCUCCGAGAACGCGGUUUGCAGCACAAGACUUCGGAUGGGAAGGUUCGAAUGAAGGCCAGCAGCAAUGAAAACAAUACCAUCCAAUUAGCUCAAGUGAAGGAGAAGACAACGCCCAAUACGCCUUCACGAGGAGCCACCAGUGCUGGUCUGGUUGGAUUUGGCAUGUUUGUCAAAAAGUCUCCCAACCGACCCUCUGGGAGCAACUUGGACUUGAAUCCAGCAGCAGCAGGAACAGGAACUGGUCAAGCAUGGAGGGCUUGCGAUGAUGCUUCUCCCUCCCGACUCAAGCAUUCAUCUUUGAAGAACAAGGAGGCCGAAGAACUUGCCAGACUUCGAAAUCAAGGUCUUGCCAAACGUGGGAGUCAGAACUACGCUGCCUUCGAACAGACUAGUCGGCAAUCGCAGCUGGAGUACGAGAAGGCUGCUCAAGAUUUGGCGCGACGCAAGUCGCAAACAUCCGAAUACGUUUUCAAGGGAACAAAGGAUAUCAAUCCAGUGGAUGCGGUUUACUUGGAUCAUCAACAGUGGAGAAAGGAUGCCAUGAAGGAAGAAAAGGAAGCCUUGGGACUCUUUAAUGAAGCACCGGCACAUGUCGACCAAGAGGAUAUGGAAGGUGAAAUUCCAAUGUCCAAUGCCAAGUUCACUAAUACCAAUGGUUACCAGAAAUGGGAGUCUGGCGAUCGAGCCAUUGGCGAUAAGAAAAAGAAGAAGAAACUCGAUAAGAAAAAGAAGAAGAAAUUCGGAGUUGAAAGCAAGUGUGGGUGCACCAUCAUGUGA